GGUGGAAAAAUUUUCCCAAAUUUUUUUUGUCCCCUCUCUUUCUCCUUUACGAAAACAAUAUCCCUUUGAAAAAAAAAACCACAAUUCAUUCCUCUGCCCUCGUCUCUCUCUCUCUUCUCCUAGUUUCUGGUUUCUUUCUUCGCUCCUUAUCUCAUGGGGAUACAAUUUGGGUUUGGCGGAAUCUAUCCCAAUUUUGUUCGGUUUUGACAAAUUAAAUCUUUUUUUCUUCUAAGUCUUCGAUACACCAAAAUAGACAAACAAAAACCUUUCCUUUCGUCUCUCUCUCUCCCUCGCCGAUCUAAGCGAUCCAUGGGGUUCUUCUAGGGUUCUUACGGAGGCUACAGUUCGGGUUAGGGUUUGGAAUUCCUAAGGUCGCUCCUGCUCUCACAUGAUUUCGAUGGUUGGAGAUAGCGUCAUUGUUUAAACGGCGGAGGAGGCACAUAAGAAGUGAGUGGCUCUUCAGAUAUAAACUUAAAUCUGGUCAGAAGAGAGACCAACAUGAGGAGGUGUGAAGAGCUUGAAUUGGUUUUCCAGCAAGAAGGAAGAGUCGUUGAUGAUUUGUUAAGCUUAGAAAAGUUUUUGAGGGCUAUGCCAGUUGUUGACUUGGAAAUGCCAACACUUUGCCUUAUUGGAGCACCAUUGUUGGUCCGCAGUCUUUCAAUAGGGAUGCCUGAGAAGAAUUCUGAUGGGUCACAUCGUUUUGACCUACCAACGAUUUCAGAUGACAUAUAUAUCCCUAGGCUUCUCAGGAGACGUGAUGAGGAUAGGAAUGAUCUAGAGAAGCUAACUCCCAUCUACCCACCGCGGUUCUAUAUGUUCAUGACCUAUCUAGAAAAGAUAACUCUUGCUGUACUCAAUCACAGAGCACUUAAGCAUCCAAAUAUCAUCCGAUUCAAAGAGAUAAGCGCCUUGGAUGAUUUCAAGGAUCUCAAUCUAGCACAAAGAUAUGAGGAACAAGAUAUGAGGAACAAGAAGAAAGUAAAGGAGAAGGUUGUCCUUAUGAUCAGCAAGAAGAAAGGAAAGGAGAAGGUUAUACUUUGUAAAAUUUGUUUUGCUAUGAUGUAUGUCUUUAUGAUUAUGUGUGUAAGACAUAUUUGGAUGAUUAAUGAAAUGAUUUUUUGAACUUAAUUUCAAAUAUAAAGUAAUCUAACU